AUGAGUCAUGUGGUAUUGCAAAAUGCCCCCGAUAAUCACAAAAUGACUUCACCAAAAAUUCAGAAAGAUCUUGCUCAAGCUUGUGCUGAUUUGACUUUUAAAGCAAUAAUUAUUGAUCUCGGCAAUGAUUACUUUUCGUUGUUAGUUGAUGAAGCUCGUGAUGUUGCAAUUAAAGAACAAAUGGCAGUUGUACUUUGGUAUGUAAACAAAAAGGGGUCCAUUGUUGAAUGUUUUAUUGGCAUAAUUCAUGUUUCAGAUACUACUGCACAAUCACUAAAAGCUGCGAUUGAUGGGUUGUUUUCUAAACUCGGUUUAAGUUUGUCUAAAUGUUGCGGUCAAGGCUAUGAUGGUGCUAGUAAUAUGCAGGGUGAACUCAAAGGGCUUAAGAGUUUGAUUUUGGCAGACAACAAAUCUGCAUUUUACAUUCAUUGUUUUGCUCAUCAGUUACAAUUGGCACUUGUGAAGGUUGCAAAACAUUAUAAGAAGAUUCAAGAAUUUUUUGACAUUCUUCAAAAGAUGGCUACCGUUGUGGGGGGUUCAUGCAAGCAGAAAGAAACUCUUUUAACGAAUCAAUAUGAGCAAAUAGUUGAAAGAAUUGCUCGCAGUGAAAUACUAACUGGAAAAGGUUUGAAUCAAGAAACAACCAUAAAGCGACCUAGAGACACUCGUUGGGGUUCCUAUUUUGGUACAGUUACAAGUGUUAUCUUAUUAUUUUCUCCAAUAAUUUCCUUGAUGAAAAUUAUUGAAGACGAGCCUACGAAUGAUGCUGCAAGAACUGAUGCAGGUUGCAUUUUGUAUGCCAUGGAGGAUUUUGAGUUUGCAUUCUUGUUGCAUCUUAUGAAACUUAUCUUGGGGAUUUCUUAUGAGUUGUCACAAGCACUACAAAGAAAAUAUCAAGACCUUUUAAAUGCAAUUGGUUUAGUAAAGGUAGUCAAGUCUCGCUUACAAGAGGUGAGAGAUAAUGGUUUUGAUGAAUUCCUUCAAGAAACGAACAUAUUUGCCAAUAAAUAUGAUAUUGACAUUCCAAAUAUGGAAGAUGUUUAUUGCCCUAAAGAGAGAUCAAGACGGAGAUUGGAAUCAUUCGCAUUCAUGCACUACUUUAAGGUGGAGUUAUUUAAUAGAGUGAUAGAUACUCAGGUUCAAGAGCUGGGUGAUUGA